CUAGGGCGCGCGAGCUGGAAACUGCUCCACACCAUGGCGGCGCGCUUCCCAGAAGAGCCGACCGCAGAGCAGCGCGACGCCUUCCAGUCGUGGCUCUUCCUCUUCUCGCGCCUGUACCCGUGCGGCGAGUGCGCCGCCGAGUUCCAGCAGCUCCUGCGCGACCACCCGCCGCAGACAUCGUCGCGCGGCGCCGCGUCGCUGUACCUGUGCCACCUGCACAACCUCGUCAACGCCCGCCUCGGAAAGGACGAGUACGACUGCGGGACCAACCUCCGCGACGUGUACGACUGUGGGUGCGGCGACGAGGAGGAGAAGGAGCGCGAGCGUGCGCGCGACGAGAAGCACAAGGCGGCCAGGGUCGACGAGAAGCGCUCGAGCGAGAAGGCGGCGGUGGGGGACGAGGCAGCGGACGCUCGGCGGGACCCAGCGACGGGCCUCGAGCUCGUCGGAGGGUAG